AUGAUGCGCAGCCUGACCACGGCCGACAUCGCGUUUCUGCUCUGCACGUCGCUGCAGCAGAAGCAGCAGAGCGGCGCGUGUUUCCGGCUGUCGUUGGCCACCGACUACGGCCUGGCGCUGCAGCUCGGCGCCGACGGCACCAUCGCCGUCAGCCUGCAGCGCCCGCCGGCCCCGGCCCCAGACAAGACUGCCCCCGGCCCCGGCCACGGCGGUCUCGUCCGGCGCGGCAGCGCCAAGGGCCACCACGGCUUCGCCCCACCUCCGGCCCUCGCCGUGCCCGACCACGCCGCCGUGGGCGCCCUGAGCAGCAUCGACGCCAUCCUGCUGAGCCCCGUGUCGGGGUCGUUUGGCGUCUUCGGCGGGGGCGCCGGCACCAUGCCGCCGUGCAAGUCCCCCCCGUGCAAGUCCCCCCCAAUGCCCAGCAGCAACGCCCUUCCCCCGUCAUCAGCACAACAAUCAGCACAACCAUCAGCACAACAAUCAGCAAAGCAAUCAGCACAACCAUCAGCACGACAAUCAGCACAACAAUCAGCACGACAAUCAGCACAACAAUCAGCACAACAAUCAGCACAACAAUCAGCACAACAAUCAGCACCAGUACCCCGCCACAACACAUCCCCCUCGAACCCGAAACGGGUGGGCUAUAAAUACCGCCUGCAGCCCGACUGGACGUCCCCACCAUCCCCGUCGUCAGGCUGCCAUCACUACGUCUUCUACGCAGCGGGGUGGGCAGGCAACCCGGCGCCAGCGCCACCGCCGUUCGGCCACCGCGCGCGGCCGCAGCACGUCGGCGACGCGGACCUCGAGGCGCGCUACGCGCCCGACUGGUUCGACGGCUUCGCCGACUGGACGGAGCGCGCCGACCGCGCCGUCUACGAGGCGGGAUUGCUCCAGAAACAGCGCGGGGUGCGAGGGACUGUUGGGAGUGGGAUUGCGAGUGGGAUUGCGAGUGGGAGCGGCCCGUUUGCCGAUGACGGCGAGCGCGUCCUCUGGGCCGUCGAGGGCCUGCUGCUCGCCUGCUGGCUGUGUCUACAGCCCGAUGUCGAGGCCGUCGAGUAUCGCCCUGCGGCGGACGCGUGGACGCUGGACAAGGGCAAUGUGGGCGACGUGGCGCAACGGUUUCUCACUGCGUUACGGGUCUGA